AUGAGACAUCGUGAAGUGUAUGAGUGGUUUGUGAGGAAGUGUAAUGUAAACCUGAACAGCACCUGCAUCACUAGAGCAUUGAAAGCUGCUAGGAAAGUGGUAGAGGGGGAUGAAGUUUCCCAGUAUGGGUUAAUCUGGGACUAUGCUAAUGAGUUGCUUACAAGUAAUCCCGGGUCUAUAGUUCAAGUUGGUGUAAUCCUAAUGCCAGAGGCUCCUCCUCAAUUUGAGAGGUUUUAUGUUUGUCUUGAUGCAUGUAAAAAAGGUUUUAAGGCUGGGUGUAGACCAAUGAUUGGAUUGGAUGGGGCUUUUCUUAAGACCCUGCACGGUGGACAAAUAUUGACGGCGUGUGCUCAAGAUGCCAAUAAUCACAUCUUUGUCGUUGCCUAUGUAAUUGUCGAUGUGAAAAAUAAGGACAACUGGAAAUGGUUUCUGGACCUGUUGCAGUCAGACCUUGGCAACUACAAUGAUAACAAGUUGUGCAUCAUUUCAGACAUGCAGAAGGGACUAAUCCCAACAGUGAAGGAAGUCAUGCCCAAGGCCCAACACAGAUUUUGUGUUUGGCAUCUAUGGAAAAAUUUUUCAAAACAAUGGGGUAGCACAGAGUUGAAAGACCUGGUCUGGGAGUGUGCUAGAUCUAGAACACAUAAUGAGUUCGAGAGGAACAUGAAGAAAGUAAAGGUCAUCAACGACCAGGCUUGGCAAUAUCUUGAAAAAUGGCCGAAGGAAGCUUGGACUAAGGCGUACUUCAGUGAGGAUCCCAAGAAUGACAACAUUUGCAACAAUGCGUGCGAAUCAUCCAUUGCUAAAAUAAAGCAUGAAAAGUCCAAGCCGAUUUUGACUUUGGCUGAAGAGGCAAGAAGAAUAAUCAUGAAGAGCAUGGUCGAUAACAAACUAAAGUUGAGCACUUAUCAAGGAAUUUUACCCCCGGUUCAACAAAGCAGACUAGAAGUCAUGACAAAGUUAUCUAGUCACUGGGCUCCCCAAUGGUGCGGGGAUGAUAAAGAGGAGUUGUUUGAAGUACAUGGGUGGCCCACAAACAUGGUGGUGGACUUGGGGAAGCACACUUGCAAGUGUCAUUUCUGGCAACUCACAGGGAUGCCAUGUAUGCAUGCAAUUUCAGCCAUUCAGGACAAAAAUGGUAAGAGGACUGAGGAGUAUUGCCAUGAGUUAUUGACAAUGGAAGCGUAUAAAAGGACAUACUGUUUCAAUGUUAACCCGGUGAAAGGACAAGAUAUGUGGGAGAAAAUAUCCUCACCUGCCCCUGUCCCACCCCCAAUUAAGCCAAAACCUGGGAGGCCUACCAAGAAGAGGAGAAAGGACAAAGGAGAUUGUGCAAAGAAGAAAAAGGAGGAUGCUGAGGAACAAGCUAGGCAAAUGCAACUUCAGCUUGCCAUUGCUAAAGGGCCUGCUCCCCCUACAGAUGAGCCGAGCAACAACAAUGAAGCUCAAUCACAUUCUCCCCCUCCUCCCCUAGGUGCAAAGAGAGGCAGGCCACCCAAAUUGCAUGUCAUCAAAAGCAAGGCAAGAUCGAAUGCCUCCAACCAGUCACCUGUACCCAUAUUUGCUGAGACAUUGAAAGGCACAACUUCUGCCACUGCAAAGAAGAUGCAAACCUUCAUGACAUUCGUGCCUACUCCAGGCUUCAAGCGUCCAAGAAAGAAAGAUUAA